AUGGCUCUCUUCGUCUCCUUCGGUGGUUUGCUGUUCGGCUAUGACACCGGUCAAAUCUCUGGUUUCCAGGAUAUGGACAACUACCUGCAUCGGUAUGCUCAAGACAUCAAUGGUACUUGGGAAUUCACCAACGUCCGUGAUGGUCUGAUUGUCGGUAUGCUUUCCAUUGGUUGUCUGGUUGGUGCCCUUGUCGGUGCUCCCGUUGCCGAUAAGAUUGGUCGCAAAUGGUCCAUUACCUUCUGGAACGUUAUCUUGAUCAUCGGUCUUGUUGUCCAAAUCUCCUCUCCUUCUGGCCACUGGUACCAGAUGGUCGUCGGUCGUACCAUCACUGGUCUCGGUGUUGGUGCUUGCUCCCUCCUGGUCCCCAUGUACAUGGGUGAGAGUGCUCCUCGUCACAUCCGUGGUGCCAUGAUCUCUUGCUACCAGCUCUUCGUCACCCUUGGUAUCUUCCUUGCCUACUGUAUCAACCUGGGUACCAACAACCUCACCGGCACUGCUCAGUGGCGUAUCACCCUUGGUCUUACCUUCCUCUUCUCCCUCUUCCUCGGUGGUGGCAUGGCCAUGUUCCCCGAGAGCCCCCGUUACGAGUUCCGUCACGGCAAGGUCGACAGCUGCCAGCAGACCCUCGCUAAGCUGUACGGUAUCCCCGAGAACCACGUUCGCAUCCUGGAGGAGAUGGAUGAGAUCCGCGAGCAGUUUGAGGUUGAGUCCGGAGACCAGAAAUGGUCUGAGUUCAUUACUGCUCCCCGUAUGCUCUACCGUAUCUGUCUGGGUAUGGGUCUGCAGACUCUGCAGCAGCUUUCUGGUUCCAACUACUUCUUCUACUACGGUACCACCAUCUUCGAGGGUGCCGGUCUCUCCAACAGCUUCGUUACCCAGUGUAUUCUGGGUGCUGUCAACUUCGGUUCUACCUUCGGUGGUCUCUACGUCGUCGAGAACUUCGGUCGUCGCAAGUCUCUUAUCUUCGGUGCUCUCUGGAUGUUCCUUAUGUUCAUGAUCUUCUCUUCUCUGGGUCACUUCGUCCUCGACCGUGCCACCCCUGAGAACACCCCCGGUGCCGGAAAGGGUAUGAUCGUUGUCGCCUGUCUGUUCAUUGCCGUCUACGCUAUGACCUGGGGUCCUAUGAUCUGGACCAUCGUUGCUGAGCUUUUCCCCUCCAAGUACCGUGCGAAGGGUAUGGCUCUGUCCACCUCCGCCAACUGGAUCUGGAACUUCCUGAUCAGUUUCUUCACCUCCUUCAUCACCGCCGAUAUUGACUUUGCCUACGGUUACGUCUUUGCUGGUUCCAUGUUCGUUGCCGCCUUCGUUAUCUACUUCUUCGUUAUUGAAGGCCAGGGCCGUACCCUGGAGGAGCUUGACUACAUGUACGUCAACAAGGUCAAGCCCUGGAAGAGCAGCAGCUAUGAGAUGCCCCGUCGUUUCGAUUGGGACGACAACCGCAAGGAGCAGACUACUUCCCACAAUGAGCAGGCCUAA